UUGACUUUUCGCCGUGCAGAACGAUUCUCCUCCAGCGGUCGGUUGUUUUGGUUGGUUUUGCCUCAAUAUGGCACCCCGUCUUGCCGUCCUGCCGUCUCUCCCACUCAGAUUCUCUGGUUGAGCGUAGCCGUGUAAUAUGCGCGAAAAGUUGUUUUCGGUAUAUAGUCAGAAUUCGCAUACAUCCGGAGAGUACAUUUUCCUGUUAGCCGAAAACCUGCCGAAAUAAAAAGAAAAGAAUUCGAGGAAAAUAAAAAUAACUCUAGCCGUGUGAGUAAGUGUGUGUGUGUUGUUGUGCCAGUGCUUCACAUGUAUGUGAGUGGGCGAAAUGCCAUGCAAAUGUUGAUCCUGUUGCCAUUGCCUCUCGCUACUCCGCAGUAGGUGAAAGUAAAGCAAUUUGUUUAAUUAAUUGCACGCAAGCUAUUUCUCAAAGUGAGCCCAGAUAGCCGGAGUCAAGCGAUUACUGUGCCAAGUUUGAGCAACCGAAUUAAGCAAACCCAAUCAACUAAAUAAUCGUCUGCAAGUUAAGUCCACUUUGCCCCAGGAUCAACUAUUGGAUUAAUCACUAACGCCUGUCAAAAGGGAUCUAUAAUAAUUGGAAUAUUCAAAAAGUUUGCAGAGCCGGAAAAUGCAGCAUCUGGAACUGUGAGCUUCGACUGGCUGGAAAGACGAAGAAGAGGUAGCCAAACGCUCGGACUCGCAGACAGCAUGCCCACUCGCCACAAUUGGGACUCCGAGCGUGUGGGCGUGGCACAUCUGGCCGGGGCUCUCAGCCCACUUUGCAUAACCGAUGCCAACCAUGAGAUACUGCGGCCGAAGCCGCGAAGACCCACUGGCAACUUGCCGCCCAACUUUGGCCAGCACCAGCCUCCCAGCCAAGUGACAGGCCUGCCCCCAGUGCCCCCGCCGCAGAUGCAGUCGCCCCACCAGGUGCAGAGCCAGCUACCCCCCUCGCAGACGCCGCUGUCGUCUCAGAAAGGAUUGUCGUUGGCCAUGGCCACUCCGGCUCCCAGAGUGUUCAAGGAGCUGGCCCAGCAGCCGAGCAAGGGGCUGCCCCUCAAGAUGGUGGCCUCAUCCUCGUCCUGCAGUGGCGGACAGGCGAACUCGUCCUGCAAGAUGCCGUCACCACUGGCCGCCUCAAAGGCGCUGAUUCCACAGAGGGCAGUGGCUGGUCCGGCGCGACUCACGGUCCAGAGUACGCCCGUAAAGUCGCAGCCACCGCAACUGAGUGGGAGCCUGAGCCAGAGCCAAAGCCAGGGCCAGAGCCAGGUCUCGCCCAGCAGACAUACUUUGGGCAUACCCACCACAGGCGGAAAUCCCACGCCGCCCAGGAUCCACCAGCAUGACCAGUUCCGGGCGCUGCAGCGGGUGCAGGAGUGCCACAGUUCUUCGGACGAGAACCGCAGCUCCGGACACGCCAGCAUGUCGGAUACCGGUGGCCACAGCUCCUCGCCCGCGGGGGGCAUGACCUUGGGUCCGUUGCCCGAGGAUCGCCUGGCGGCGGGAGUCACCAACAGGAGCACCCGAUCGCGGCGGCAUCGUGGAAUCAUGCCGGGCGGAAAAGCUCCGUGGAGCGGCACCGGACUGGAGGACAUCAAGCUGGCCAUGCUCACACUGCGCUCCCAAACCAGCAGCAGCACCUACAGCAGCCUGAGCGCCGGAUCGGAGAGCUCUGAGCCCGCUCGUCGCCUGGGCAGAUACUCUUCGCUGGAGACGGUGGUGACCAGCACCAGUGCUGACGAGUUCGUGUGGGUGGACUCGCACAACCGGCUAGUGGAGCUGCAGCAUCCGCCGUGGAGCCAGCAGUGCAUCCUGAAGGUCCUGAGGAACGGACGCUGCCAGCAGCAGGCUGAGCACCUGGCCGUAGAGGCGGUUUCCCGCCUCGGCUAUCUGCUGCAGCGGGCGCUGGUGAGGAUCGCCCGCGAGAUCCAACGAUUCUCGGCCGGAGUGGGUCUCUGCUCCAAGCAGGAGGUGGUCGGAGCCCUGCGGGUGGUGCUCAGCUCCUCGCUGGCGGACUCCUGCACAAAGGCGUGCCUCAGGUCCGCCGCCAUGUUUGCGGUUCCCGGAGAGAGCGCACUGAAGCAGAGCAAGUCCGCACGGGCGGGCCUCCAAUUGUCCGUGGGGCGCUUCUAUCGCUGGAUGACGGACGCCAGGCUGGGCAAAUUCAUCCACGAGUACGCCGCCGUGUAUCUGUGCGCCGGUAUCGAGAAUCUGCUGGAGGAGAUUGCCCUCCAGUGCAACGGGAGCACGGCGGCCGCUUUAGAUCAAAGUAUUGCCAGUUCCGGGGAUGUGUGGGGACUGCUUCAGCCUUUCGCCCAUCUAAACGCGGGAAGAGUGGCCAGUGGCGCCUUGGCUCUGCCCAGGUGGGCCAACUCCUUGGAUCAAGUUAUUGCCAGCUCCGGUGACUUUCGAGGUCAUCUAGCCACCUGUGUGGGCAGCAUAAGGGAGCUGAAGGAGAAGGCCCUUCGCACCCAGCAGGAGUUCCAGUUGGCCGCCGCCCUGUCCGGAUCCGCUCUGGCGGCCCUCUUCUACUUCAUGCGCUGCUCGCAGCUGGAGCACACGGAACUUCUCGCCGCCUCGGGCUGCCAUUCUGGGCAGGCUCAAGCAGCUGCUCCAGGCGGAGGAACCUCCUCCGCGGGCCACCACGUCCAGGAGUUGUGCUACGAGCGAGCCUACGUGGUGCUACCUCCACUGGCCGAGUGGUUGAGGGUGGCUGCAGCUCACGCCGAGCACCGGAAUGCCAUGAUGAUUGACAAGGAUGACGUGAUGCAGGCCGCCAGAUUGCUCCUUCCCGGAGUGGACUGUCCCAUAAGGCCGGUGGCGCACGACGAGGAGCUGCCCACCAAGAAGACUCACUUCAACACUGCACCCACUGUCAGCUCCACGGGCACGGGAACGGGCAGCAGUAGCUGCAGUUCCCCGGUGGUCAGUGGGAUUGGCAUCGGAAUCGGAGAGGACACCUCUGAGCUAGGCAGGCGAGCCACAAUUGGAGUGGCGUUCAAGCUACUGCUGACUGGUAGGGCGGAAUUGUUGGCCCAGGCGGCACAGCUACUGCCGCCCACCACGCGGUACGACACCCAGAACAGCGCUGGGCUGACCGCUCUGAUGAUCGCCAGCAUCCGAAAUGAUGAAGUGGCACUGCACGCUCUCCUGGACGCGGGAUGCGAUCCGAAUGUUGAGGUGCCCCCUGCGGGAAGCGCCGGCUACCCGGCUAUCCAGCCGGACACCCAGCACUGGACUGCUCUGAGCUUCGCCGCCAGCAGGGCCAACUACGUGGCGCUGAGGAUCCUUCUGGAAAGGGGCGGUAAGGUGGAGGGCGGGGCCAGGAGCAGCGAGGAGAAGUGCACCCUGACCCCCCUGCAGUUGGCAGCCGGCACUGGCAACCUGGAGAUCGUGGCAUUGCUGCUGGCCCACGGUGCCAAUGCCUUUUUGUCCACGCAGCAGAAGGAUUCACUGUGCUUCGCAGGAUCCGCGCAGAAGGGUUGCUUCUGCGCCAUUUCAGUGGCUGCUGCCCACGGACACCGAUCGUGCCUCCGCAAGCUGCUCACCCACCCCGUUUCUCCUGGAACGAGGGAUGUACUCUCUCUGGAGGAGAUGCUGGCCGAGGGCGAUGUGGGCGGAGUGAGGGGAGCAAGUGGUCCCGGAGGAGCCGGAGGACCAAACAGUGCCAGUGCCAGUGGAAACAUCGAGGACAUUCUGCCGCUGCUCAACAAGACGCAGAUCAAGCGACUCCAGGAGGCCAUGUACCACAGUGCCGAGAAUAAUCAUUUGGAUAUAACCAUUGAACUGCGGAAACUGGGGGUUCCAUGGACCCUCCAUUGCUGGAUGCACGCCCUGUCGGCGGCCCACGACUUGCGACUGGACGCGGUCAUAGACCAGUUGCUCCAAGACUUCCUGCAAGUGUGUCCCGACGACUACAGCGCCCAGUUCGUGAGCGAGUGCCUCCCUCUGCUGUUCAACAUUUUCCGGAACAAGAACGAGGGCACCACCCUCCUCCUGGCGGACAUCUUUGCCACCUGUUUCGGCUGGGAGACAUUGCCUCCGGUGAAGGAACAACCGCCGAUGCAGCCCGUCCAGGGCUCCCGCAUCGAUCCCAAGUUCGUUAACAAUCCGGAACUAAGCGACGUGACCUUCAGAGUGGAGGGCAAGAUCUUCUACGGACACAAGAUCGUCCUGGUCACCGCAUCGCCUCGCUUCCAAAGCAUGCUGAGCUCCAAACUGAGCGAGGGCAGUUCCACGCCCACGGUGCAGAUCAACGACAUACGCUACCACAUCUUCCAGCUGGUGAUGCAGUUCCUCUACUGCGGCGGCUGCAGCUCCUUGGACGUGGCCCACGGCGAUGUGCUGGAGCUGAUGGCGGCGGCAAGCUUCUUCCAGCUGGAGGGACUGCUGCGCUACACGGAGGCACGCUGCUCGGAAAUGGUCGAUGUGGACAAUGUGGUGGCGAUGUACAUUCACGCCAAGGUCUACAAUGCCAAUCGGCUGCUGGAGUUUUGCCAGUGCUUCCUGCUCCAGAAUAUGGUGGCCCUGCUCACCUACGACGACUCCGUGAAGCGUCUCCUGUUCGCCAAGAAGAUCCCCAACCACGACGUGCUCGCCGGUCUGCUGCAGACGCUUCAGAAUCGCCUGAAGGCCCGGAAGCCCAACUCGGGUGGUGGUCUGGUCAACUCCUACCGAUCGCCACCGGUCACGCCCGUGAAAAAGUGAAGGAGCUCUGCUCCCACUUGCUUGACGGAAUCGAAUUCUUAUUUAUUGCAUUGUUUUUAAUUUAAUCUCUGAGCUCUUAUGUAUUAUAAUAGUGCCCCUGCCCGCCCCGACGUCCUUGCCCCCUUCCUAGUUGUAUUUUUGUAUUUUCAAGUUGUUCAGCGCACUGUUAACCUUUACGAACCCCAGGAUGGCCGAGCAGGCGGUCCUCUAGCUAUUAUUGGUAGUUGAAAUUGUUUCUGCAUUAAAUGAAGGAAGUAAAAUUA